AUGGCAGCCAUUCCAUCCGGCGGUUCCCUCGUCGCCACUCACGAUUACUACAGAAGGCGCAUCGGGUCCACCUCCAGCAGCAGCUCAUGUAGCAGCGCGGAAUACUCAGGAGAGGUCAUACCGCACCACCCUGGACUUCCCAGGCAAGACUCGGGCCACUGGUGGACCUCCUUUUUCUUUGCAAAACCCACACCCGAAAGCCAAAAAAACGGGAUCUACACAGUGGGCAAUGGUCAGGUGACCUGCGUGGCCAGGGAAAUGCUGCUCAAGCGCCAAGUGAGCGAGAGCAGCGACACGGUUAAGCCAGACGCCCCCGCUCCCCCCCAGCCGCCCGCCACCUCUUCCUAA